AUGGCUUCAGGUACACCAACAAAGGAUUCGCCCGUCGAAAAGACGGAUGAUACGACGCAACAAAGCGCCCCCGAUAAUGCAUCAAAAGCACAAGAUCGUAUGGCUCGAUUCAAGGCCCUUCAAGCACGAGCCAAGACUUCGUCAGAGAAAAACUUACAAGAGGCAACCCUCGAAUCGCAAAGAUUAGCCACAGAUCCCAGCCAACUCACCGCCCUACACCGCAAGCAUGCGAUCGCAUCACACAAACUACUCAAAGCAGACGUGGAAGAAUCCGGCGGAGAUUUCGAGCGAAAGCGCGCGUGGGACUGGACCGUCGACGAGAGCGAGAAAUGGGAUAAGCGACUCAAGAAGAAGGCGGCUCGUCGCGACAACAACGCUUUCGCCGACUUUACACAAGAAGCGAACAAAGUAUACAAGCGACAACUUAGGAACAUCGAUAUGAAUGUGGAGAAGUACGAAAAGGACAAGCAGGCUCUCAUUGAAAAGGCAGCGGCAUCAGGCGGUCUGGAUAUCGUCGAGACCGAGGACGGCGAGCUCAUCGCGGUAGACAAGGACGGUUCCUUCUACUCUACUGCUGAUUCUACGACAUUUACUGAAAACAAGCCAGACAAGGCAGCAGUCGACCGCUUGGUGGCGGACUUGCAGAGAGCAGAGGAACAGCGACUAAAGAAGAGAAAGGAACGUAUGGCACAGAAUGGAGACGAUGGCGACGUGACCUACAUCAACGAGAAGAACAAGCAGUUCAACCAAAAGCUGUCCCGAUUCUACAACCAAUACACUGCGGAGAUCAGGGAUAGCUUCGAACGAGGAACAAUGAUCUGA